AUGUCAGGAAAUUUUUAUUUUCUUAUUUUGUUGAUUAAUGUACUAACGAAAAUCAUAACAAGUGUCAAUUCAGUAAAAAUGAAUAGCGUACAUAUAAAAUUAAAUGAAAGCUUAAUGAAUAAUUGUAACAAAAUUAUAUACGUCCGUUUUCUUCACCAUAAAUAUAAAAAUAUAUAUACAUACAUAAGGUACCCGUAUUUACAUAUAAAUCAGAGAAAUAUAAAUUAUUUAAAAACCAAUAAUAGCAUUUAUUCGAAAUAUUACAAUAAUGAGCCUGUUUAUAAUACCUACAACCCAAUUUUAAAUUAUGAUAUUUUAGAUUUAAUAAAAGUGUAUGGUCGACUAGCUGAGCAUGGUGAAUAUGACUCCCUCAACAUUGUUGUAAAUGUGGGAGACUCUGAGGGUAAAGAAGUAGAAACGAGAGAAGAAGCUAAAAAAGUAGGAGAAGUAGAAACAGGGGUAGGAGUAGGGGAAGGAGUUGAAUCAACUAUAGACGUAAAAUCCACCUCUGAAAUGAGGGAAACAAAAUACUGCAUGAACCCAUUUAAAAAAUUAAUUUCCUUUUUUAAAAGUAGUAGCAAACAUGAUAACAAGAGAGUGAACUGGUUUCAUCAUUUCUUAAAAUAUGGGAAAAUGAAUUUUACAGAUUUCAAAAAUGCCAUAUUGUAUCUUAAAUUUAAAUGGCCAAGAGAUUCAUUAUUUCCAUCUUACAAUAUUUUUUUAUUUGAAAAAGGUUUAAGUAAAAACAGUGAUUCACCAUUAAUACGAAAAAAAGUUGAACACUAUAUUCAAUAUCAAGAAAUAAAUGAAAAUUUAUUAAAAAGUUGCUUUUAUUGUUUUUCAGAUGGUAAGGAAUAUGUAACAGCUUAUGAUAUAUUAAAUAAAUUUAUUCAAUGGAAAAAAAAUAAUAAAUGGAAAAAAGAAAAUGAGAAAAGAAGCUUUUUCUUAUUUAUCAGAAAAUAUAACAAUACUGACGAUUCGAUAGAUUGGUAUACUUUCAAAAAUAAGAUUGAUUCUUACACAGUUCACUUGUAUGAAUCCAAAAAAUAA